UUUCAGUCGUCGGCGUCACUUCCGGUCCGUCUCACGUGAAUGGAGAAGCAAAAACUUGCGGCUGGAAGUUUAGAAAGUUCCCGAAGCAGAAGUGUGUUUCAUAUUCAUGCAAACCGUACACGUCCACUGUAUCUCGGACCCUAAAUAACGAUACAUUGAUGUCAAACCAUUAUGUCCUAAAGCACCUAUUACAGAUUGUGUUCCGUAACAAAUGGAGCAUUUCCACCUCAGAUUGUGAAAGCUGAUCCGAGAUCAGCAUCUGAAAGGCUGAAUGGAAACACAUGACAACUAGGAAACUGACGCCGCAGACUCGGUUCUUACAACAUAAACCUCAACACGACCGUCCACAAUGUUUUAUGCCCGUAGUGUUGUAUUAUACGCCUUACUAAGUAUUUGUUCCUCAAAUGAGAGUAAAAUAAAAAACGCACAGAAACCGGUGCGUCUAGUGUUCACCGAGGAGGAGUUGCAAAGAUACGAUGGGAGCGAGGACGGACAACCAAUUUACAUGGCCAUUAAAGGUGUAGUUUUUGACGUUACAACUGGAAAAGAGUUUUACGGAAAGGGGGCGCCUUAUAAUGCACUUGUGGGCAAAGACUCAACCACCGGGGCUAGUUCUCACAAAGGCUAUAACUCAGUAACUAUAAAGACCUUAGAUAAAUUCCAAAUGCACAUUGUUUGA